CAGAAAAAAAAAACUACUUCGAAGAUGAGCUACAGAUCCACUACACUACUUCAGACCAGCAGAAGAUUAUUAGCAUGUUUAGAAGGUCGAUAUGCUCACAAGAACCCUCCCCAGUCAGGUGGUGUUCAGGAUAAAAGCAACAGGGAGGAGAAUGCCAGUGCUGGAUACGGUGGAACAGAUAGAAAUGUUGACGAAUCUACAAAGAAGCAUCACGAAAAGCAAGAAAGCAAAAUUGCCAAAGAAGGCAUGGAUUCAGAUCUUCCAAGAGGAUUAGAUAAUCACGGCAACAGUGAUGACGAUGCUCGCAAAGCUAUGCAUCAAAAUGUAAGAUAUGGAAAAGGACCAAUGAAGAAAGAUGAAGACAAGGGUGCUACUCACAUAACCCCGAACGAAACAAAGUGAUCCUUUCCUUUGAACGUUAUUAGAAUGAUAUUAGAUUUUGGUGUAGAUGAAAAGGGUAUUAUGACAGUUUUCGUGAGAUGGUUUUUUACCAGUAUUGACUGUAUAGUGUUGUUUCUUGGUUGACUUGUAAAUAAAAAUAC